GGUGACAGAGGGGACGUAGGCUUCCGUGUGCGGACGCGGUGAAGGUGCCUAAGUCGCUAUACAACAAAUUCGUCCAAAGUCAGAUAGGAUUGCCCAGGUUUAGGACUGCAAAAACAAAUAGCGUACAUGUUGUUUCGGUAGAAAUACCUGCCGGUAUUGAAAAUUAAUAUUGUUGGAUAUAUAUUGAAAUUACAAAUAGGUAACGCAAGUGUAUCUUCAUAUUGGACUCCGCCUGCAAAUUCUGAAGGAGCUGAAGAUCCGAAAGGUGGCUUUGUAGAAGAAGUUUCAGAGCCAAAAGCCAGGUCGAGCUUCACACUGAACCGAAGCUGGGAACCAUGAGUAGAACUGUGCUCUUGGUUCUGUUGCCCUGCAUCUGUCUGGCACUUAUGAGGUGUCACUCUGCCUUAGCCAGCACGUUCUGCCCAGCACAGUGUGUCUGUGAGACCCGCCCAUGGUACACUCCUCAGUCUUUAUACCACCAAGCCAGGACCGUGGACUGCAACGAACUGCAUCUGAGCAGGGUUCCAUCCAACAUAUCUGGGGAUACUCAGGUCCUGCUUCUGCAGAGCAACAACAUUUCUCACAUUACUGCAGAACUCCAGAAUCUCAUUAAUCUCACAGAACUGGACCUCUCCCAAAACCACUUUGAGCAGAUUCAGGACAUCGGGCUGAACAACCUAACUCAGCUCAUCACCCUCUACCUAGAGGAGAAUCAGGUACAGGCACUACCAGAUUUCUGUCUGAAGGACCUGGUCAGUUUAGAAGAGCUGUACAUCAACCACAAUCAGAUUUCUUCCAUUGGUCCCAAAGCCUUUUCUGGAUUGGGGAACCUCCUAAGGCUUCAUCUUAACUCCAAUAGGCUGGUAGCCAUAGACAGCCACUGGUUUGAGUUCCUUCCCAACCUGGAGAUCCUCAUGAUUGGAGAGAACCCCAUAUUGGGGCUGCAGGAUAUGAACUUUUAUCCUCUUUCCAAACUACACAGCCUGGUGCUAGCUGGCAUGGGGCUCAGAGAUGUUCCUCCAGGGGCCUUUCAGGGACUAGAAUACCUUGAGAGCCUCUCCUUUUUUGACAACAAAUUAAUUGCUGUGCCCACAGCAGCACUUAGUGUGCUGCCUAACCUCAAGUUCUUGGACCUCAACAAAAACCCUAUUCCUCGGGUGCAGGAAGGUGAUUUCCAAAACUUCCUCCACUUGGAGGAGCUCAGCCUAAACAACAUGGAAGAGCUGGUGGCCAUUGAGAGGGGAGCCUUCAGUAAUCUUCCAGAGAUGGUCAAAUUGGAAAUUUGCAAUAACCCUCAUCUAUCCUACAUUGACCGUGCUGCUUUUCAGGGUGUGGAGGGUCUACACAUCUUACUAGUCAGUAACAAUGACCUCAGCCUCUUGCCCCAUGAAGUUUUCGCUUCCUUUCCCAAUCUGGAUGAGAUCAGUCUGCACAGCAACCCGCUUCGAUGUGACUGCCUUUCCGUUUGGUGGUCUAUCCUGGGGAAUCAGUCUACUUUGAGGCUUUUGGAGUCUCAGACUACCCUCUGUGCCUCCCCGCCCCAGCUAACUGGCCAUACAGUGCAGGAAGUUGUUGCAAGUUGGAAUCUGGCCAGCAACACCUGCCUCCCACUGAUUUCCUUACAUACUUUCCCCCCUGAGCUGAAUGUCACUGCUGGACAACCCCUGACUCUAAAUUGUUGGGCUAUGGCUGACCCUGCACCUCAGUUCUACUGGGUGACACCAACUGGAGAUAAGGUCACUACAGAGGUUCUCUCACAAGAGGCGGAUAUCAGCAAAAACAAAAAACAUAGACUACAAGAUCAGGGAGCUCUAGAGAUCCUCCAUGUGGAACCAGCAGAUGCUGGUCUCUACACAUGCGUUGCAUGGAAUGCAGAAGGGGCCGACACUCGCAGUGUCACAGUUCACGUGGACAAGAGUGACUGGCAUAAUAGAAGGCCAGAAGUUGGUGAGCAAGGAAAUUCCACAGGGUCCUUGGUUGUCCUCGCUAAGGUUAUCCACUCCCAGUCUGUGGUGCUGGAAUGGAAACUUUACCCUUUGGUUAGCACCUCCAGUCGCGAUGUCACUCAACCCAAGUGGUCCAGCGCUACAAUGAAAAUUGACAACCAGCAGAUUAGCUAUACGGCAAAGGUCCCUGUGGAAGUCCAAGAAUAUAAUCUUACACAUCUGUUGCCAUCCACAGAGUACCAGGUUUGUCUGACUAUGGUCACCUCAGAGCACCAGACCCAAUGGUCCUGCAUUAAUGUGACCACGAAAGAGGCCAGCUUUGCUGUUGAGAUCGUGGCACAGCCCACCAAUGUAGCACUGGCUGCAGUAAUGGGCUCCAUGUUUGCCAUCUGUAUCAUGGCCCUGUUAGUCUUCUACAUGGGACGCCGCAUGAAACAGAAGUCAUGCCAUCACUCUCUGAAAAAGUACAUGCAGCACGCAACCUCUAUCCCUUUGAAUGAGCUUUACCCGCCUCUCAUCAACCUCUGGGAAAAUGAGGCCGAGAAGGAGAAGGAAGGACCAGUUGACCCUCAGAACCCACAGAUAGAUACCUCAAAGACAUACAUGUGGUAAUGUGAAGCUAAACAGAGAAGAAGGAAAAGACUUUCAAAUAGAUGUAUGACCUAUGCUAGAUGUUAGGGGUAGGCAUCUCUGAUCCUGGAGUGUCGGCAUCCAGAGCAGGUUUUCCAUCCUACCUGGUCUCUGAUGAACCACACCUGAUCACAGGCAGAGAGCAACUCAUCGGGUAGGAUAGAAAAUCUGCUGGAUCAGGGUAGCCUGCCCCUGCUGUAAGUAAUUAUAGUUUUUGUUCACCUUUAAAAAUACAGAACAAUUUGAUUGUGAAAAUAUAUAUGUAUUUUUACCGUGUGUUAUUCCAUGUCCCUCACAAGACCACAGUAGAAAUAGCAGAUGCCCUGCUGAACACACGCACAGCAGUUAGGCAGUGACGUCUACAUGCCUAGGGGGAGUCUGAGUCGUUAAAAUAGAAAUUCCCUCAUGAUCCAAUCAGACUUUGCCUGAUUUAAUUACUUGUAUUGUUUGUAUUUUUACUGGAAAAUAAAUCUUGGCUCCGGAAGUAGUACAGUUUUGAGGACUGAUGAGUGUGACUGUUUGAACAUAUGACCUAUAUAGACAAUAGCUACUCUUCAGAUACUGUCGAUUAGUGAAUCCUUACACCAGGGGUCCAGGUCAAAAGUGAAACCUAUUGACCCAGGCAGCUGUGUGAUCCGAACUAUGAAAAGAAAUCUCACAUUUUUAAAGCAAUACCGCAUUCUCUUAAAACAUUCAAAAUGCAUCCUCACUCUUUCUGGUAGCAAAUGGCCUUAUCAAUCUGAAAGCAUACAGAAUAAACCUGUCCAUGCCGUACCCCAGCCUAGAACUCUGUGGUGCCUGGGCUGGGCUCCAGGUCCCUUGUGACUCCGACCAGGAAAAUUGGUUAGAAGAUCAUAUUCAGUUACUGAAGAAGCAGCCAUUGGGUCAAGGUAGAAUAAUCAAACUCUUUUAUUCCUUUCACUGUUCACCAUCAUACACUAAUAAUACAAGAAAUGGACAUGCUUUUUACUAACCACACACGGACGUCUUUGAAAGUCAGGCAUAGCUUUUUACUAAUGUUUUUACUGCAGAUCUUUCAGCUUCAAUGUCUACAUUUUGCUUAAGGUCUUUGUUCCCAACAUUAGAACUUUGUGUAGAAGUUUGUGUAUUAACACUCUGGGAGUUGAAGGGGUAAAGCUGCAGCGUGGUUCUGGUUAUAUUGUUCUGUCAACAGCUUGUAUAUAUAGUCACAAUGAACAGAAAUAAAUACAAGUUAGGCAUAAUAAUUCAUGUCAAAGGCUGCCGGUCCAGUCUGUCUGACUGAGCCUGUUCUACUACACGAGAUCGGCCUGUUCUGUCUUAAGUUAUUGUGAAACCAAGUCCCCUGGCAACUAUCAAGGACAAUGUCAAUGAAAGCUGCUUCUUUGUUCGAGAUGAUCGUUUCUGUAUGACUGGCACAGUGAGACUAGCCACUGCAUGCCUGCUGCACAGUUACAGCAAUCCAAGGCAGCAUCGGCCAUUCGGGCACAACCUGAUGGCAGUUGAUAUAGAUAUAAUUUAUUGUUUUAAAAAAAAUCUAAUUAAUUAAAACUGCAUUAUUGUUAUAUUGAAAUGUUGUAAAUGACUAUAGAACACAAGUAGGCUAUUCAAUAAAUUGUUUAGUGCUACAUUAAUGUCUGUUUUUAAUAAUUAUAGCAUAUUUGAAAGAAAGUUAGAAAAGAUAUGAAUAUAUCUUAUUAGUAUCAAAUCAUGAGUACAAUUAUAUGCUUCAUUUUUAUAUUAGAAUUUUUAAUCAUUAUAAUUUUGAUGACAUGAUGGUUUUUUAAAACAUGUUUAAUUUUAGAAUGUCAAACUACAGUAUACACUUGCUAAAAAAUACAAAUCAGCUAAACAACUAAAUCUAAAUAUUCCUCACUAGGCACUUUUGUUAAGGUACACCUUAUUUAUUUGAUCCUAAAAAACUGUUGAGAAACCUCAAGACUGGAAGAGUAUUUGAAUUCUUGUAUUUAGAGCAACUGUUCCCUGGAAUAAAAAAAAAAACAAAUUCAAUGUUCCUCUACAAAACACAGUAACUGCCCUGACACUGAAA